GGUUGCAGCCCCAGUGUAAACAAGCGGGAGAGACGUGUUUGAAGAUGCCGUUGUUUAUCAUGAUAUUUUUAGGGUUACUGUAGCACUUUGGAGAAAGUAGAAGAUGACUCGCAUUGCUGCCCUGAACGACUGGUCCCUCGGGAGCAGUGAGGAAGAGGAGGUGGGCCCAACGAGGGAGGUUCUUGAGGCAGAGGCAGCAAAGUGCUACAAUGAUGCCGUCAGAUACUUGGCUCAUGGACAGCUCGACCAAGCUCAAGAACAGUUUCUUAGGGUCAUCAACAAUCCUUACAUUGAGAAGGCAUGCUGGCCAGAGGGUAUAGAGCCAGGAGGAGUCCUACCUCAGGACUUAGCUCUCAAGUACUCCUGUCUGAAAAACCUGGGCAACCUGGCAACAAGAAAAGGAGAAAACCAGCAAGCUGUAGAUUACUAUUUAGAGGCUGUAAGAUUAGACUCUACAGAGGUAACACUUUGGCAGCGCCUAGGUGCAGCGGCAAUCAAAAUUAAGGACUUUGAGCUGGCGUUAGUUGCCUUCCAAGAGGGUCUCACAGUCAACCAGAAGCAUUGGCCGUGUCUGGAUCAGUUGCUUUCAGUUCUUUUCAUCCUUCAAAUGUACAUGGAUUGCCUUGGUCUUAUUAUCAAUGCUCUUCAGCGGGAUCCUGGUUAUAUAAAGGCUCUUGCUUUCAAAGACAGAAUAUUUAAGAUUCAGCCAUCGUUGCAGGAGGAUGUAAGACACUUUUUUAGUAACAGUUCCCUCUUAUUCAAAACGGUGGAGUAUGACAGAGAAAAGGGCGACAAAUUUAUAGCAACUUGUGAAUCACUUCGUCCUCCAAACAAGAUUCCUCGACCUCCUUCACCACUCCAGCUCCAGAUGUUGCGCAAGCCAUUGCCGAAGCUGUCCUGGGAAAAUCUAGCACAGUCGCUAAUUAUGACGUAUGACGAACUCAUUGACGCAAAUCCCAUGGACUUUGCAGCUACAAUUGACCUAUUUGAGGCAUUUAAACGAAAGGAUGAACAUGCUGAAGAUGACCAGGAAAUAGAGAUAGAAAAUGGAAAGUCUGCAGAGGAAAUAGAUGGUAUUGAGAAGAUAUGCAAUGGAGACGAUAAUGAAAAUAAAGAAGGGAAUGAAAGUUCAGAACUGAAAAAGUCAGCAAAUGAAGAUGAGAAAAGUGAGGCUGGGAGAGAAGAAAGGAGCAGCCCAGUGACCAAAGGGACAGAGGGAUCUCAGUCAAGCCCUCCGCGCAUUUCUAGUCGUCGACAGACAAUUGAACUAGGGGAGAGCCAAGAUUCUUUCCGAGUGAGCGAGAAGAGAAGGUCAGUUGACAGUGAUACAUUCUCGAGAUCUGAAGAUGAGCUAAAGUUGAAUGAAGAAAAAGAGGCAAAGACAGUGGACAGAACUGAAGAGGCAACAAAAUGUGUUAAAUUAGAGGUAAAUGCAGAUAAAGAGAAUAAGGACUUUGUAGAUCGUGUGCCAGGCAAAAUACCUGUCAAAGAAUCCAGCAUUUCUGUAGUCAAAGAAGAGCACAAAGAAAUUCCUCAAGCUGAGGUAAAGAAAGAGAAUAGUGACUCAAAAAGAACAGACAUUGUUGAUUCUUCUCAGCAUUCAAGGUCAAGAAAGCAUAGUGAAGUUGAAAAUGAAUUUGAGGGUUUUGAAGAAAGCAAAGUACAAGCAAAUGUUAAAAAAAAUAUGGAUUCCAGUGAAGCAAAAGCUCACAUGUUAGAAGCCCAUAAGAUUUGUAAUGAAAAGGUGCAAGAAAAUAUUAAUAAGACAGAUUGUGACUUAGAAGAAGAAAGAAACACAAGCACUGCUGCAUUCCAGGAGGCAGACAAUACCAACGAACGGUUUCCUGAGAGAGGGGAAAUGAGGGAAGAGGUGGAAGAGAAAGGCUCUGGAGAUGUGGAGAAGAAUGGCCAGAAUGGGGAAGAAAAGGGUGAACCCCCACAGACUGAGGAGGAGGAGGAGGAGGAGGAGGAGGAGGAGGAGGAGGACAGAGAUGAUGUUCAAAAGCAGGCAAGCCAAGAUGGAAAAGGUAUGGAUAUGUUAGAAGAUAUGGAGAAUCUUAACCAUGAGAAGGAUGGAUCUUCUCAAAAUGGCAUUGAACUUGAUAAUGCUAAUGAGAUGUGUGAUGAAGAUGGACUUUUAGACAGAACCACCUUAGAGGAAGAAGUAGAGAUGGAAGAACAAGGGGAAGAAAUGGGAGAUGAUGGAGGAAUAGAAAAUGUGGAGAUGUAUCACGAAGAAGAGGAAGGACUAGAUGAAAGUGAAAUGGAACAUGGAGUGACUGAAACAGAAGCUGCUGUUAAUGCCUUGAAAGGGAUAAUGGCUCUCCAGCCUACUGAGAUCCUUGGCCUCCCAGAGCCAGAUUUUGUUUAUGAUACAGAGUACGUAGAGUACUUUGAUGGUGGUGUGUAUGAAGAGGAUGAAGAGUUGGAUCAAGAAGGUAUUGAUCAUGAGGAAAACCUAUGUGACGAUGAAGCCAUGGACCAGGAAGGAAUGGAACAGGAGGAGCAUCAUGAGGUUCAUGACAUGCAAGGUGAUGUAGAUCAGGAAGGGAUUGAUCAUGAGGAAGAGGAAGUUGUAGAGCAGGAUGGAAUGGUUCAGGGGCAAGAAGAAAAUCAAGGUGAUCAGAAUAUACAGCAAGGCCAAGAAGUCUCUGAAGAGGUAGGUACUGCUCAAGAUGAUAAUCAGGAAAAUCAAGAGGGACAGGAGGACAUUGAUCAAGAAUGUGUAGAGCACCAGGAAGCUGUUGGAAAUGAGGAACAUGAUCAGGAAGAGGAUAUUGAAGAGGAUAUCGUAGAAGAUGGCAGCCAUGAAGAUAAUGUGGAGCAAGAGGAAGAUACUGAACAAAUGGAAGGUACUGAUCAAGAGGAUGAAAUACAUGGACAGGAAGAAUGCAAUGAACAGGCAGGAGAAGAGGAAGAAGUGCAUGACCAAGGAGAACACCAGGACCAGGAAGGAGAUGAGGUCCAAGAUCAAGAAGAUGAGGAAGAAGAGGAUGAAGAAAAUGAACAAGAAGAAGCAACUCCUGCUGAGGAAGAAUUGGAAAUGCAAGAAGAAGCUAAUGAAGAAUACGAUGAGAGAGAGAAAAUGGAAGAAACAGAAGAUGGGGAAAUGGAGGAAGAGGAGGCUGCAGAAGAAGAACCAGGUAAUGAGAGUCAGGAGGAAGAAAUGGCAGCAGAGGCAGAAAAAGAAAAGGAGAAAGAUGAAUAUGAAAAAGAGCAAGAUCCAGUGAGGAAGUUAGAAGAUGAUAAUAAAAAUUCAGAAGAAUCCAUGGAAAACCAAGAAGAUAAUUUAAAAAAAAAGUCAGAUAAAGAAAACAAAGUAAGUGAUGUGGAAAAAGCACAAGCAUAUACAACUGAUGAAAACACUGCCUCAGAGACAGAUAAAGCAGCUGAGGUUCAGACCCCAAGGAGUACAGCAAGUGGGAGGAAGCCAAGGCGGCCCAAACGGGGUCUUGAGAGAGAAUUAGAACAGCUUGACUACUGGGGUCGUCGACUGGAACGUGAUGCCAAAAGACGACGAAGAACCAUCUCUUCUAAGCUGCUUGGAAGUGUAGAGGAAGCAGAGUAUUUGACCUGGGCAGACCUACUUCGUAGUUUUAUUCCCAGCUCACUUUUGAUAACUAACCCAGAUGCAAAAAAGAAAAUUGGUCCUGAUACCCAGUUUGUUAGUAACUCAUCUAGCCAAGACUCCAAAUUUGUAGUUCCUUCUGUGGAGCAGUCACAGAACUCCAAACCAGUUCCGAUGACUAAUCACUUGGCCUCAUCUGCCUCAGUUUCUCAGCCAUCAUCUAAUAAGGAAGUUGAGGUGAAGACGGACACGAGUUCAGCUCCUGCAAAACUUCAAAGUGAUUCUGGGUCUUCCAAGACACUGAGUGCAGAGGCAGUUAAUUCUGAGGGUGAAAAUAAGAAGGAAAUGUCAUCAAGUAGUUCUCCACCAGAACCAGAGAAAAGUUUGACUCCCGCAGUUAAAUCUACAACAGAAGAACCAAAAAAGGAGGGAGCAGAAAUUGUUGACGUAAGUUCUAGUUCAUUAAAAGCAAAAGAAGGGGAUGAAGGGGAAUUACUAGAAGAAAGUGGAAAGAAGACAAAGGAUGCAACAGAUGCCGAGGACAGAAGGUUAUCUGUGGAUGAUAAAGAGGAUAAAGAAACCGACAUGGAAGUUGUUGAGGAUAGUUUAGCAACAGUGAAAAAGAAUCGCAAGGAAAAAAUCUUUUCUUCAUUAACAGAGGAAGCACAAGUGGAAGCAUUUAUGCUGUAUUAUGAAGAGAAUGGAGGCAUCUUACACCUUCUUCAGCAGUUUAUGCUUGUUCUUUUGAAACGCUAUGAGCACAAGUGGCCAACUGCAGCUGCCAAAAUGUACACAGAAAUAUAUCCGAGAGUGAGAAACCAUGUGUUCCACAUCCCUGCCCUUAACCUGAAAGAGGAUUGCAAACGGCUGUAUCAAGACUCCAUGCUCUCCCUUACACAUUGGGAACUGAUGGUCAGCCUUUAUCAAGCGUCAAAACUAAACACUCCGGUUAAAGAUCAGAACACACUUCCCAACCCCUUUGCUGAUAGUCCUGAUCAUCUCGAAGACGACAUGCUUCACCUGACACUUAUGCUUGGCCGUGGAGAUGUUUGGAUGGAAGAGACGCCACAGUUUCACACAAGGUUACGUUGGCUUCAGGCACAGUUGCGGCUCUGCAGUGGGAAGGCAGAGGAUGCGGCAAUUUAUAUGGAAUUGCUUCUGUCAGAUCUUGAACGUUUGUCAGAUAAUGGUGAGGAAUAUGUUGUUCAGCGCACUUGUGUCAUGGACGAUCAGAGUGUGGUGUGCAAUUCUGAAGUUAAGAGGCACCUCAACCUUCUACAAAGAUCGCAGAUGUUGGAGCAAGUGGUUGACAAUUAUACAGAUGGACGCUAUAGGGUGGUGGCAGACCUGCUUAUAGCCAUCUUUCACGAGCCACUUCCGAAGGCUCGUCCUGGGGUAGAAUUGCCAACCAGGCAGACUCAGCUUGUUAUCCUCAUCGAUUCGCUUUUUAAGCUUAAUGACCAGAAGGGUGUGCUAACAUGGGGAUCACAUGCUGUGACAGAAGCUUUGAAACGUUUCAAUCGUGCUGAAGCAGAAGAAGAGAAAAACAGGUGGGCAAAGACCCUGAUGAAAAUCACUGAGCUGGCAUAUACAACAGUCAAAAAGGACACCAGUAUAGUGGAAAAGGUUGAGCAUGAAAAUAUAACCCAGAUGGUCUCCACCUUGACUCUGAUGUUAGUGAUCCAGCUGGAGAAGCCACAGAGUGCAGAGGACCUUCCUUUUGAUACGCUAACUCCCUGGAUCCUCUUGCAUAGGAUCUUAACAUACGAAGAGCGUCGGCAAGAGAAUCUCAGUAAAACAAAGGAGCCUAAGGGCACUCCGGAUAAGAAGGCGGAAGAGAGCACCAGGACAAGCAGUGACAAGGAUUCCAAGGAAGAGAGAGUGAACAGUGAGCAGAUGGAGGUAGAUGUCAUGGGCAUCGAAGGGAGCAGUGAGAAGUCAGGCCAGAAAUCGAACGAGUCAUCCAAGCCCUUAGAUGCCAGCUCUGAAGUGCAAGAUGAGAGUAACAAAAGUGAAGUGGCAGCAGACCCUAAAAUGGAAGGAAUAAAUGAAGAGUCUGUGAAAGUUGAAGACACCCCAUCUACAACUAAGGGACCAGUAGGGCCAUACCCUUCCAGUCUCUUCCUGAUUACAGCCCAUGACGAACUUGGCAAGCAUUCAUGGUGCUGUGCAGAUGAUGGUGUGUUCCUGCUCUACUGCUUAGAUGUUUUAAUCCAGGAGCUGAAUCGACCGAUUGAAGGCCAACAGAGGCAGCUUCUUCAUCAUGCGCUUGAACAAGUAUCCUUCUGUCUUUAUUCACAUCCUUCAAAGAAAUCAAAGCACAAACAUCUUCGUGACCAUGGAGUUCCUCAGAUUGCCCUGUGUUGGGAGCGAGCGCAUCAGCUGUAUCAGUAUUAUGUUCCGAAGGAGUUGCCAACUUUCCAGUCGUCACAGAUACCAUCCGUAACAGAUGAUGUGGCAGCAUUGUUUAAAAGAAUUAUUGCUCUUCUUCCUGAUGAAGACAAACCAGAGAACCAGACAGAAGCCGUUGAAGCCUACAUUUGUGGAGGAAGCCAGGAGUGUAAUUUUGUUCCCUUCAAACCAUCCACAGACAUUAAUGAUUGCUACUAUUUGCUAGGUGACUAUUAUUUUAAGAACAAAGAGUGGACAAAUGCCAUCAAAUAUUACAAGCUGGAUGUUUCCAUUAAUGUGGAUCGACUGGACUCCUGGGCACCGCUUGGCUUGGCCAUGAAGGCCAUGCUGGAAACGCAGCUAAAUUCCUGUGAAGUGAUUCAAGAUGAGGAGGAAUUUUUCUCUUUGGCACAACAAGCUGUGCAAUGUUUGAAGCAAGCUCUGAAACUAGAUGAGUACCAUACAAAUCUUUGGGUUGAAUUUGGUGGCCUGGUGUACAUGGUCCACUCGCAUGCUUCUAGGCUUCUGAAACAAGAUCUGAAUCCAGAUAUUAGUCUCGAGACAUUUGAAAUGCUGGAGAAGUUAAAGGGAGAUACGCUGAGUGAAGCAGAGAGAUGCUUCACUCAGGCUUUGAAUAUACAGGAGGAAGGAUGGGACGAUGAUAGCUUACCAGACGAAAGAUGGCUGCACUGUUACAUGUUGGGUAAAAUAUCUGAAAAGCAAGGGAAGCCACCACAGGCGAUAUUGCAAAAGUAUCUCGAGGCAAGUAAACAUCUCCAUCAAAUCCAGGCCAAGUAUCCGGCGAAGAUUAAUUACAACAGCCCCCAGGAAUAUUCCGUGGAAGCCCUAGAAAUGUACUACCGUGCUCAUGCGUACAUGCUGAAGUACUUGCUACAGAGAGAAGGAAAGCCUGUUGAUGAGGGUGUCAUUAAGCAUUUCAUAAAGGUUUUGGAUGAACUGGCAAAAGGACCAUUUGCCAUAUGCCAGGAAAAGAAGAAGUCCAAUGACGAUGUGAAUGUGACUGUGGCUGAAGGAGAGGCAGGGCAGGACAAGGCCAAGGAGCCAGACGCCGUGGAAGCAUCUGACAGGGAAGGGGAGUCGAGGAAGAGACCCUUAGAGGAAGAUGCUUCUGCUAACGAGCCUCCUGCCAAGAAAAUGCAAGCUGGCCAAGAAUCUGAGGAAGUGAGAUCUGUCAUAAAGGAGGUGGUCAAUGAUAUAAUUAGCGAUGCUGCUGCGAAGUCGGACGAUGCUAAAAAGGAAGGUGAAAGCAAGAAGGAAGGGGCAGCGACGGGUCAAGAUGGAAAAGAGGAGAGUAAAGAGGCAUUGGAGGAGAAAGAAAAUGAAAAUGGCGAGGUCAAGGCAACGAAACCGAAGGACAUGAAAGAAAGUGACGACGAAAUCCUUGUGGUCGAGGAGAAGGUGAUAGAGAAGAAGGACCAUCUGACGGUCAUAUCUCGAUGCCUGGCUGCACUAAAGCUGUGCCUUUCUAGAUUCCCUCAGCACUACAAGGCCCUUUACCGCCUGGCUCAGUAUUACCACACAUCAAAAUUCCAUAAAGACUCAGGCCGAGCGCGCAAUUAUUUACUUGGCUGCGAGUUUUGGCAGAGGGUUGGGUACAUGCCCGUCAAUGGGUUAUUCAACGAGCGCAAAGUGUGGAUCCAGCAACCCAAGAACUCCAACCUAUUCCAUGGGAUUUGGCGCAUCCCCAACGACGAGGUGGAUCGGCCCGGAAGCUUUGCGGCGCACAUGUAUCGGUGCGUGUCAAUUACCCUUGAUAUUUUACCCCAGAUGAAAGAUUUCUUCACCAUCCUGGAAAUCGCUCUUGCCUUGAAGAAUUCGCCGGAUAAAGACAAGAAGUAUUUGAGAGACAACGAGCGUGAACUUCUCUCAGAACAUGCAACCCAGGUGGGAUUACAAGCCAUGAAAGACAAGUACAAAGUGUUAUUCCAAGGAGCCUCGCCUGUGCACGGAAAUCGUCGCAUGGCAUUCCUUCUAGAUGUCUAUCGUGCUUACAAGCAAAUAAGCAAGCACCUGCAGGGCUCAGAACCUCACUUAGCUAAGAUGCUUUCAGAGACGUAUGUCGCAUAUAGAGGGUUGAAAGCUGAUGGCCGAACAAACAUAUUGCGUGAGGCGGAGUCGUUCUGCAACAGGAACCAGUACCUGCAGCACCGCGUGCCGACAACAGCAGUGGCUGGGCAGGCAAGCAGAGGGGAUGCCGGAGGGACUCCCAUGAUCUCACGAAGAGGCCGUCCGCCCGGAACGGGACGGGGACGAGGGAGAGGCCGCGGGUCUUUCUACGCUUCACGUCAGUCUGGCGACCUGCUGGCCGUGCAGCAAGCAUACAAGAUCUACGAAAGUUUAAUUCACGCUCAGACGCUGCUGAACAACAAGGAUCUCGAUCGGGCUUCGGCGUAUAAUUACCAGAAGCAGCUGGAGCAUUAUCAGACACAAUUACUGAAGUAUCUACAUAUACCAAGUGUAUCUCAGUAUUUCCAAGCUUCCUUACAGGGACUAGGGACUGCGGCAGCCAAAUUACCGCCCCCGCCAAAAGGUGCAGAAACCGCUGUUGCUGCAGCUUCCACUGCUGCUGCAGCUCGUGCUGCGGUGCCAGGAGCCGCCCGAGGGCAGACGUCAGGCACCGCAGCUGCAGCCCAGUUACUUCCCACAAUGAAAGAGCGAACGAGUCAGCCUUCUCAGCCUGGAGCGUCGAAGCCGUCUCUGAGUGCCUUGGCUCAGAGAUCUCACGUGCAUGGCAUAUCCAUCACGUCCGUUUCGGCUGCAAAACCGUCCACCUCUCCAGGGAAGUUACUCAAGCCAAAUAUGUCGGUAACCGUUAGUCCAGCCAAGACCGCUUGUCCGCCUGCAUUACAGGGUCGAGGUGAUAUAUCUGUUGUGUCUGUUUCUCGUCCACAGAGCAACAACAGAACAACCACAACCACCACAUCCCCGAGGGCUUCGGGCAGUGGAACAGUUACAGUAACGCAGUCGUCAACGGAUAGCAGAUCGAUAACCACAACUAUUAAUACGAAGUCAAUCACCACCACAACGGUCGGGUCUGUACCGAAACUUCCUGCUGGUACCACGCUCACAAGACCUGGUGACUCCACGCCCCCCAAAAGCUCGGCACCACGUCCGCAAUUGCAAGCACAGGCUCGUCCCGUCAAGAAUGUGUCGGAUGUUCUUGACAGUUUGCCAGGAUCAAUGAGGAAAAUGGCCGCGGAAAUUCUUAGUAACAGCGGAACCUCAGUGACCCGCGCAACAGUGCCAACCGGGACACAGAUUCGUACCUCUCCUGACAAGACAAACAGGCCAAGUGUGGCCAAAGAAACGACAAUAACUCCAGCUCCUCGCGUCAAGAGUCAAGGGCGGGCUCCGGGUCCACAGACGAAGAACCCGUCGUCAUUUCUAGGAGCAUACCAGGCAUCCCUUGGUAUCGCAGGAGGCAAAAUGAGCGGGGCGGCCAGAGCGGCCGCAAGUACUGCGACGCCAAACUCUGUUACGCUGGAGUCUGCGAGACGCGCCCAGCCUGCGCAGGCGGCGGCCGCCAAAGCCCGUAUUACGCAGCUGAAUUCUUCGCAGUUAAUGCAUUUGGCGUACGGAGGAGCAGGGCGAGGUGCUCCUGCAGAUAACAUCUCUGAAUUGAUAAGGGAAAUAGCAAAGAACCAGCCCCCAGUCGGAGGCCAUGCACGAGCUCAGGCAGUCACUGUCCAGAGAGCACAAGGUGUCGCUCUCCAGCGUCCUCCACAAACCUUACCAACCCAGAGGCCUCCCCAGUCGAGAGCCCACCCUCAAGCCAGACCAGCUCCUCCUCAAGCUAGACCAGCUCCUCCUCAGGCCAGACCAGCUCCUCCUCAGGCCAGACCAGCUCUUCCUCAGGCCAGACUAACUCCUCCUCAGGCCAGACCAGCUCCUCCUCAGCCUAGGCCAGCUCCUCCUCAGGCCAGGCCAGCUCCUCCUCCGGCGAGACCAGCUCCUCCUCAGGCCAGGCCAGCUCCUCCUCAGGCCAGACCAGCUCCUCCUCAGCCUAGGCCAGCUCCUCCUCAGCCUAGGCCAUCUCCUCCUCAGGCCAGGCCAGCUCCUCCUCCGGCGAGACCAGCUCCUCAAGUUCGACCGCCCCCGCCCAAGCCACUGCAGAAACCUAGCCCACCGAAGCCUGCACAGUUUAAACCCGGCCAGGGAGGAGCAGCGGCCGGCUCGGACGAUAUCAUAACGUUAGAUUAACUGUAAAAAUCGCAAUUAAAAAAACAUUAUAGGUAGUUGAAUAGGUUCUCCUACGAGCAAAAGAUGGUGAUUUGUAUAUAAGAAUAGCUUCCGAUUUUGACCUUGAAUUAGACUUUCCAUUUAUGAAUUAUGUCUUACAAAACUGCCAUAUCAGAAGAACUUUGCGUAAUAACUAAUAGAUUGUGAUGACUUGUAUGUAAGUCCAACGCCCAGUGAAUAAUAAAAGUAAUAAUGAUAAGUGAAA